CUGUCCACGGGGUUUGAGACCCAUGGCACAGCGCACCGUGACCUCAAACACACCGAAACGAACAUUUGCGGGCCUCGCGCCGAAAACGGUGCCAUGAAGAACAGCGUUGCUGCGCAAUGUCUGAAGGAGGAAUUAGACAAGAAAUGUGGGGGCAUUUGGCACGUCGUUGUCGGCGAGGGCUUCGGAUUCGAAGUGGACUACGAACUCAAAUCCCUGUUAUACAUGUACUUCGGUGGAAAUGUGGGGAUCCUGGCAUGGAAGUGUUAG